CACAUCAUCACAGAGAUGGAUGACAAGCUCCCGAAGUCGCUGUUUUGUCUAGUGAUAGUUUUAUCCUCCAUAACCUGCAUCCAUGCCAAACCUCGGGCUUCAGAUCUUCCUCACAUCAUCUUCAUCAUUGCUGAUGAUCUAGGAUGGGCAGAUGUGAACUGGGAGGAUCCGAACUUACAUUCUCCGAACUUGUACAACCUGGCCACGAAUGGAAUAGUGCUGAACAACUCUUAUGUACAGCCUCUGUGUUCUCCAUCGAGAAGCGCUCUUAUGUCAGGUUACUUCCCUUUCCACACUGGAUUGCAGCACAUGAUUAUUGGGUCGAUGCAGCCGGCGUUUCUACCUGAAAACGUGACGACGCUCCCACAGGGCCUGAAGGACGUGGGCUACGCCACGCACGCGAUCGGCAAAUGGCACCUUGGGUUCUGCAACUGGAAGUACACGCCAACAUUUCGAGGAUUCGACAGUUUCUAUGGUUACUACAAUGCAGACGAAGAUUACUACAGACACGAGCACCAAGGAUUCCUGGACUUCCGCUUGAAUGAAGGCGUUGAGAUGAACGAUACUGGAGUCUACUCCACAUUUGCCUUUUCUCGCCGUGCUCAAGACAUCCUGGAAACACACAACACAUCUCAACCUCUCUUCCUGUACCUUGCAUUUCAAGCUGUUCAUUUUCCUCUAGAGACCAAAACUGAUUUUUGCGGAGGUGAAAAAGAUCCUCUCGAGAUGCAGGACGUGGCCAGCCUGUACCCGGAUCUGCUUGCAUCGCUCAAAACGAGGCUGGAGGAGUGGAAGGCAACGUUGGUGCCGGCUAACUUUCCUCCUGAUGAACCACUCGCCGAUCCUGAGAAUUAUGGCGGCUGGGCCGAUGUGAACUGGGAGGAUCCAAACUUGCAUUCCCCAAACCUGUACCACUUGGCUCACAAUGGAAUCAUUCUCGGCAACUCGUAUGUCCAGCCCGUGUGCUCACCCACUUCAUCAUUCGUUCGAUGCAGCCAGCUUUUCUACCUUCCACAGGCCUUGCAGCAAGUGGGAUAUGUGACGCACGCGAUCGGCAAAUGGCACCUUGGUUUCUGCAACUGGAAGUACACGCCGAGAUUUCGUGGUUUUGACAGUUUCUAUGGUUACUACAACGCCGGCGAAGACUAUUACAAUCAUGUCACUCACGCGGAGAUCGACAACUACAUUGUCAAUGGCUACGUGGUGAACCCAAUUAACUCGUUCCCAUGGCAACUGUCCCUGCAGCGCGAUGGCUCGCACAUCUGUGGAGCUGUGGUCUACAACAACAACUUCGCGCUGACAGCUGCUCACUGUGUGGCUGGAGUUGCUGCUUCAAGGUUCCAAGUGAUGUGUGGAGCUCACAACAUCCAUACAUCCGAGUCAUGGCGACAGACGGUUGGUGUCAUCGUUGUCAUUGUGGUACGUGUGAUUCCAGAUAACUCUACUCUGAUGCAUCCCAGCUACAGUCCAAGCACAAGCGGAUUCCCCAAUGACAUCGCGGUGCUGGCGUUGUCCCCAUCCUUGACAUUAGACAGGUACUGCCAGCCCCCCAACCUUCCGUCCCCCUCUGACUACGCUGGCCAGUCCGCCGUCAUCACUGGCUGGGGUCGCCUGUAUGGUGGGGGCACUGAGCCCAGCAGACUGAAGCGAGGCGAUGUGGAGGUCCUGUCCAACACCAAGUGCCGCACCUACUUUGGCAACACCAUCAGCGCCGCCUACCACAUUUGUGUCAAGGACCUGGGUGACAGAAUCUACGGAGGAUGCAAUGUGCAUGCUUUCUACGAAGAAACAUUUUGCUCCCACAUUACAGACGCCAACAGGAGGACAUACUGUGAAGGAGCUCUGGACUUCCGGUUCAACGAAGAUGUGGAGGACAAGGCUAUAGGAGUCUACUCCACGUUCGCAUUUUCUCGCCGUGCACAAGACAUCCUUGAAGCGCACAACACAUCUCAGCCUCUCUUCCUGUACCUGGCCUUCCAGGCCGUCCAUUCUCCACUAGAGGUGCCUGAUUUCUACGAAGAAACCUUUUGCUCCCACAUUACAGACACCAACAGGAGGACAUACUGUGGGAUGCUAGCAGCCAUGGACGAAGCUAUCGGAAAUAUAACUCAGGUGUUAGAGAGGCGGGGCUACACAGACAACAUGUUGCUUGUCUUCACCACAGAUAAUGGCGGAGAUCCCACUCAAGGAGCCAGCAACUGGCCGCUGAGAGGAGCCAAAAACACAUUGUGGGAGGGAGGCACCCGGGCAAAGGACUUGUGUACAGCACAAACAUGUUUAAAAAGACAGGAACUGUUUACAACGGGUAACAUCCCUCGUGUUGUUUGUUGUGCAGGUGCUUUUAUUACAAGGGCACCCAUGUUGAUGCACAUCGUGGACUGGUUUCCAACAUUCAUGACACUGGUCGGCGGAGAAACUCCUCCUGGUAUUGACGGGGUCAGUCAGUGGGAAUCCAUCCUAAGCGGCGGAGCAAGUCCCCGGACAGAACUUGUUUAUAACAUCGACGAAAUUAAUCAGAACGCCGCCAUCAGGGUGGGCGACUGGAAACUGAUCCAAGGGUCGCCAGGCAAUCAGAGCGGGUGGUACCCACCUCCGCAUCUUGCUGACUUUGUGAUGGAGAGCAAAGAUUUCCUAGCCUGGCCUGACAACUAUAGUUUGUUUAACAUAAAUGAAGAUCCUCUAGAAAUGGAUAAUGUUGCCAGCAAGUACCCUGACGUGCUUGCUGCGUUGAAAACGAGGCUGGAGGAGUGGAAGACGACGCUUGUGCCAGCAAACUUUCCUCCUGAUGACCCCCUCGCCGAUCCUCAAAACUAUGGGGUGUCUGGAGUCCUGGGUGGUGCUGAAUAUAUUUAUCCCAUCUAUCCUCACGCACACGAUUAA